GACCUGGCAGCGGAGCCCGCGCAGGGUUUGCCAGGCGAAGGCGCAGCGCUAACGGUCCUAACAUUAACGGCGUUCGUGCCUCGCCGCUGCUGUCACCCCUGGCCGCUGCUGCCCUCCCCGCCGAGGUUCUACUGCUCUCCUUCUUGAGAAGAAGGGUCGGAGGCACUGGAUCUCUCCCCACACCUCUCGCCUGAGGCCAGGCGCCAGGUGUCGCCUGAAGCCAGACAGCCGGUUUGGGAGCGAGCCUGAGGCCAACCAAUCAAUGGCUCAGACAGAUAAGCCAACAUGCAUCCCGCCGGAGCUGCCGAAGAUGCUGAAGGAGUUUGCCAAAGCCGCCAUUAGGGUGCAGCCGCAGGACCUCAUCCAGUGGGCAGCCGAUUAUUUUGAGGCCCUGUCCUGUGGAAAGACGCCUCCGGUGAGAGAGCAGUCUGAGCAAGCUGCUUUGUGUAACUGGGCAGAGCUAACACCUGAGCUGUUAAAAGUCCUACAUUCUCAGGUUGCUGGCAGACUGAUCAUCCGUGCAGAGGAGCUGGCCCAGAUGUGGAAAGUGGUGAAUCUCCCAACAGAUCUGUUUAAUAGUGUGAUGAAUGUGGGUCGCUUCACGGAGGAGAUCGAGUGGCUGAAGUUUUUAGCCCUUGCUUGCAGUGCUCUGGGAGUUACUAUUACCAGAACCCUCAAGAUAGUGUGUGAGGUCUUAUCAUGUGACCAUAAUGGUGGGUCGCCCCGGAUCCCGUUCAGCACCUUCCAGUUUCUCUACACGUAUAUUGCCGAAGUGGAUGGGGAGAUCUCUGCAUCACACGUCAGCAGGAUGCUAAACUACAUGGAACAGGAAGUAAUUGGCCCUGAUGGUAUAAUCACAGUGAAUGACUUUACCCAAAACCCCAUGGUUCGGCUGGAGUAACAGCACAAUUUUGGCAAUUUUAAAGGAAGAUACAGAGAUGAUUGUACUUCAGAAUGACUGAAACCCAUAUACCACCCAAAAUCAAUUUUCUUGUACAACUGGCACACACUAAUAAACAAUUAAACAAACAUAUGAGAUCAGAAA